GCCAGCCGCGCGGGGACACUGAGGCACGGCGGGGAGGUGACGUCCCCGGCGGCCUGAGCCCAGCCUAGCCUGCGAGAGACGGCUCUGGAGGCCCUCGGCCUCUCCCCGCUGCCCCAGACGUCACGAUCUGUCUGCAAUAGCUGGAGCUGGGGCUGAGAACCCCCAGUCCUGCCGGAGCUUAACCGCUCGCCUUGCCUUAAACGCCGAAAAAGUCAAGCAGUGCUUUGAGAUCCAGAGGGGGCGUCUGAUUGAGGGUGUGUGGGGAAGAGGUGAUGGUGGUGGUGGCUGAGUCCCAAGGACUCUCAUUAGCCCUGGGAGGGGGAAAAAGGAAAGAUGGCAAGGGUGGCCUAGGCCGACUCUGGACUUUCUUUGUAGAAGAAGAGAGGAGGAGGAUGGGGUGGGGAGAGGCGGGAAUAGGUAAAAAAGGGGAAAGGAAGUAGUUAAGGAGGGAUUAGGGCAGAGUGUGUGUGUGGGUCCUCCUGGGAGGCUGGAGGCCAAGUCCUCAGACACAGCAUGGCACCUUCAUCUGUUGACCGGAUGCAGCGUCUGUCCAGGGCGUUUUCAGAAUUGAACAGGUCGCUCUAAGAGACCUGCAUGUCCCAGGUGCCCAGGCACACACAAACCCAUAGAUGAAAGGGAGUCCUUCCGACUGUUCCUUCUCCCUAACUGCUCACCUCUAGCCAGCACCAAGUCCUUGCCGGACCCCUCCUAAAUCUCACCUUGCCUUUACCCCUCCUCAGCCCCCUACAGAUGUGGCUACAGGCCGCAUCUUCCCACCUCUUGCCUGGACUGCAGCAGCUCUAAUUCUGCCCUCCAAACUCCGACAAUACUAAUAGGCACCAUUUACGGAAUAGCUACUAAGUGCCAGACACUGUGGUAAGAGUUCCACAUGUAUUAUUCCUAAUCCUUAUAACAACCCUGGAGGUUGCUGUCUUAUGUUUCCCUCUACUAAAGGAGAAUCUAAGGCAUCAAAGGUUGAACGGCCUGCCCAAGCUGACACCGUAGCCAACGGCUGAUCUACCCAGCACGCCCAGCACUAAGCCCCUAUUCCGUUCUCCUCUCUGCAGCCAGGGUCAGCUUUCUAAUAGACAAAUAUUCCCAUAUGUUGCCCUUAGGAUCAAGUUCAGAUCCCUUGCCCAGGUGAGUAGACUCUCCAUCAGCCUCCACUGUCUGUGCUCCAGUCACAACCUUCAGCACCUCGAAAGUGUUAUGAAUCCCUCAUACCUCUGGGCCUUUGCAUAUAUUCUUCCCCCACCCCACCCUCGCCCCCCGCCUAUAAACACUCUUCCUCACUUCACCUGGCUAACUCCUAGUCAUCCUUCAGUUUCUUUCCCUAGUCAUCCCUUCUCCCAGGAGGUCUUCCUUGUUCCCCAACACUGGUUUAAAUUCACUCUUUUGUCUCCAAACCAGUACUUACUGUCUCAAGAUACUUCCCACUCUUUAGAUAGCUCCUGAUAUGUGAGGCGUAGGGCAGGGUCUGUCUUGUUCACUGGGGCAGGCCUGAGCCUAGCCCCGUGGGCAUGGCACAAAGUAGGUGCUCGCUGAGCAUUUGUUGAAUGAAAGAAUGCUCCUCAGGUCCUCUCUACAUCUCAAGACAUCUUGCUACCAAGGAGAAUCAUAGAAGGUCGGAGACAGCGGGAAAUGUGGCCUAGGAUUUUGAAGGACCAUUUCUUUGGGUUGUUCAUUCCUAAGGCUGGGAGAUGUGAUCAGGACCCCACCACCCCAAGUCCUGUUUGUUUGAAGACACUAAUUAGUUCAUGUUUCAGAUUUCAGGGCACUUUUUUCUACAAAGAGGCCCUUCCUGGAGAGGACCAGAGUCUUAAUCUGAUCCCUUAUGAGACGCCACCCAGGCCGGGCUCCCUCGCCCCGAAUCAGGCCUCCGUCUUCCCCGUCCCUCCCUUUCUUCUUUGUCCCCUGCCAUCCUUCCUCCUUCUCCCCACUCCCAUAGCACUUCUCUUUCUGAUUCUGAUCUGCCUCCCCUGGAACUGCUAUAUUAUCUCAGAGCUCAAAUGUCAACUAAAGCAACUGGGCUCAGAGCAGAGGGGAGCCAGGGCUAGCACCAGGGGUCCUGCCUUGUAGCCCUGGUGCUGGAACAGGGGAUGGGGGGACCUAGCGGAGAGGGUGGGAGUUGAGGUACGCAUGUGCGUGUAAACGUGUGUACAUUUGUGUUGGAGUGGGGAGCCCCUUUUCCAAGCUGCCCUAAACAGACAUUGCUGGCCUCGUAAAAGCUUCCUUUUUGCCCUGUGUCCUCAGCCUUGCCUCCCAGAAUUGGCUCCUCUUCCCCAAGCUCCUGGAGCCUAGGCUCAGAAUGCUAGGUCGAGGCACUGGGCAGUGUUCACAUCCCGAGGCCAUGAGUGGGUCUUCCUCCCACCCAAAGAACGAGUUUCCCUGGCCAGCAGCUCUGCUGCUUUUGGAGGACCCUACAGAUCAGCAGCUGUCCCUCAGGGUCUCAUCUCUUUCCCCACCGUCUCUGUUUUCAUUACGUCUCUCCCUUUGUUUCCCUGCCUCUGGGUGCCUUCUUCUUUCCUGUUACCUCUGUGUUCUCUGUCACUGGUGUCUCCACUGGAGACAAGGGCUAGGCCUGGGUGCAUGGGGGGGGUAGUGGCCAGACCAGGGGCCCGGGACAUGAGCGCAACUUUCCAGGCUUCUCUUCCAGGCCCCUGUGGUUGGGGAGCUCCACAGAGGGAGAGAUGAGUCAGCGGGGCCGCAGAGCAGGGGGGGUCUGGGUGGGGGUGGGGAUGCCGGGGUUCCCCAGGGCCAGGGAGUUCGCCAGGGCAUCUGGGUCUCUGAACUCUAGUGGAUAUGGGGAGUAAAGAAUCAGUGAGUCCCCCAAAGGUGCCCUGGAGGUUCCUACACUAGUAGGAGUUACAGGCAGCAAUGUGUAAGACUGGCAGUGCCCUCCACAUCACCCUUAUCCCCAGAUUCUGGUAGGAAGAGGGGUUCCUAAAUCCCCUCUAGGGAACAUCAGGGACCUCUAGAGCUGUAAAAUUGUGAUGAUAGGCUUGGGUGUAUGUAUGUGACAUUUGCUACAUAUAUAAGUGUGUGUAUUGAUGUGAGUCUGUGUGAGUCCCUGUGGGGGGUAUUCUAGGUGACUGAGUCUGUCUGCAGGUAUGUAUACUGGUGUGUACAUUUUUGUAAUUGGGGUUAGGGUAAGUGUCUUGGUGUGAGUAUUGUCUAUAUAGUGUAUGUAUACAUAUCAGCGUGUGUCCUUGUGGGUGCCUACAGAGCAUAUGAAUGUUCAUAAUUCAGGGUGUGUGCAAGUGUAUAUCCGAGAGUGUGUCCCUCAUUAGGUAUUAGAGUGUGUCAAUCUCUGUAUUUCGGGGGCUGUGUUCGCUGUUUACUUGUGAUUCUAAGGUAGCCGAACCUUCUAUAACAACAAGGAAGGAAGGGUUAGGAGUCCCUUUGGCUCAGGCUGCCAGAAGAAGCCCAGACUAGGAGAGUGGGCAGAAUGCAGCUUCCCUGAGGAGCAGGGGGAUAGAAGUGCUCCGCUCUCCCCAGUUUUCACUCUCUCCACCCCCACUGAUGUUUCCAAAAAAGAUCCAAAACCGUUAGAGAGAACUAAGGCAGGUUCCAGAUCCAACCUCCUCUAACCUAGAAACUCCCACCCUGAUUCUUCUAGGGGAGGGAGGGCAGGGAGUGGUCCCUGUGGUUCAGCCCAGUCCUGGGGUUGAGAGAUCAGAAAGGCACCCUCCCACCCCUUCCUUCAGGGGCAUCCAUCUCUCCGAGUUCAGCGUCUGGGUGGCCAUGGGCGGAGGCUGAGGGGCCCCCAGGGUGGUGGGGGGUGGUGGAUAGAAACCAGAUGCCUAGGGGGUUUGUACUGGAAGGACCAGAGCCGCAGCCUCUACCCGCCCCUGCCACAUGGCGCCUCUGCUCGGGCUGCCCCACCCCCUGGGAGGCUGGGCUGAGGGAGGGCUGCGAGGGUGGAGGCAGGUCCUUGGUCAGGGCGCCCAGUUGCUGCCCUCAGCCCCUGGGGGCGCUGGGGGUAGGUUUGGGGGUCAGGACCCAGGAAAACCAGGGCCUCGGCUGGGCUGUAUGAUUAUCUUUAAAAAGGGUGUGGAUAAGUCAGAACCCAGGGUCCUGAGGGGGUAGCGAGCGGGGGCUCAGGCAGCCCCUCUGCCUAGCUUUGGCACAGACCUUUGGGAGGGGGCUCCGUGUCCAGGGGCUAUCCUACUAGGGGUGACAUAUCAGGGGCCCUGGCUCACAUCUUCCUGGGGACCCUGCUCCUCCCUUUUCCUUUCUUCGCACUCCUGCCCUUCCCAGGUAGGAUUGGGGGUUAAGGCCCCCAGGGAAAUGGAGAAGGUUGACCCUCCCCGCCCCCCAUCUCCUCGCCCCUGUCUUGAACCUCCUUUCAUCCUUCCUCUUUUUCCCUUUCAGUCUCUUCCUUUCUUCCCCAAUCUAGUUUGAGACCCAACCGCUUCUCUCAGCUGCCAUCUCUUCUCUAGUCUGGAGUCUAGACGUUUCUCCUGUGCCUCAGUUGCCUGCCUAACCUAACUGGUCUCAGGCUUUUCUGCUAGUGGUGCAGUAAUUUCUCCAAAGCUUCCCCUUCUUCCCAACUUCUGAGUGGGGCGCCCCCAGAAAUCCAUCUGGCACCUCAGGCUCAGAUGCCCCCCCCCAACGGUGGGGAGACCAGGAGGUCACGGGGACACCCCACCACCGGCACUUCCUCUUGGGCAGACGGGUGGGGUGGCCCGUGUAAUCAUCGGACACAAUUAUGCGCUAUUUAUACUCCAUCCCCGCCCCCCACCUGCCUGGCUGCUUAACCCUCUGCCUCCUCCCGACCUGGCCAAGCCUCCCGGCUAUUUUCUCUGUCCUGUCCUUCCGAAGCCAUUGUCUCCUCAUCUUUGUUCCUCUGGGCUUGUUUCUCUUCCUUUUAGUUUUUUCUGCUCUUUCUGGUUUUUAAAGCCAUGUACCUGGUCUUCUGGUUUUCUCUGCUCUCUUACAACCCGUAGUGUCUCUUCUGAUUCUCUUGUGUUGUUUCAUUUACUCUGUGUGUCUCUUGAUCUUUCUGGUCUUUCUGUGUCUCUUCUUUGGCUUCUUUUCCUUUGUCUGCCAGACCUCCUGGUUCCCUAGCCCUUUCCCCAAAAGUCGGGCCCACAGAGUUCCUUGGGGGAACAAGAACUUCUGGUCCUACCCUGAACUUUGACCCCGCCUGCUGGUUAAAGUGCACUUAACCCUCCCUGGACCUCCAUCUGCUCCUUCCUCCCCACUUCCCGUGGAGACCUGGGAGGGCCAAAGGAGUGAGAAGGGGGCACUCAGGAAGAGAAAGUGAGGGGGCCGUGUUAGGAGUGAGGAGAGUGGGGAAGGACAGGCUCCUUGCCUCUGAUGGGCAGGGCUGGGAUGGGGAGAGGAGAGUGUUGGGGAAACAACCUCAGCUGGGUGGGCCCCACGGUGGGAGGGAUGCUUGUUCUACCACUUGGCUGCCCAGUUCUCUCUCUCCUGUAAACUGACCUCAGGGCCUAGGUUUACAGUUAAUAGAUUUUUUGGGUUUCCUCUCCUGGUGGACCUUCCUUCUCUUCUCCCCCAUUUUGAUGAGAAGUCAAAGUUGGGAAGUCCUGCCUAAGCUCUAACUUCAAUUCUUCCUGCUGCAGAGGGAAUUGAUGCAUGGCGAUGAGAAAGGGAACCAGGAGCUCCCUCCCAGGAAAGCAUGAUCACUCACAAGAAGGACUAUCCAGCAAAGGAUGGAGAUUCAGUCUGUGGUGAAGAGGGGCCUAGGAAUAGUAACUGGCAAAAAAUGAUGGAAGCUACAGCAUAUCUUUUUGGGGGGUUAAUCCAAAGGGGCUAGACUGAGUUGACCCAAUGACUUUGUACCUGCACCAUCACUCCUGCCUGCCUUACCUUUUCUCAGAAUCAGAAGAUCCAGAUUCUGCCCCCUAGAGUGAGGUAGGCCUAGGUGUUACCUUCUAGGAGUGAAACUGAGGCAUUGGGAGGCAGCCUGGGGAACCCCCAAGCCUGUGCCAAACCCUCCCCCACUCUGCGCCCCUCCCUCCAGACCUUGCUCUGGAAUCUGCCUCAGUGCCCCUAAAAGUCUGGGCAGCCGAAGCCUCCACCCCAGAGCACGCCCUGCCUCCUGUCUGUCACAGCACACACGUACACGCACACACACGCACAUACACACUGCUCUCCUGAUCUCAGGGUGGGUGACUGGGGAGGCGAGCAUCUCCGUGGUCAACUCCGGCAUGAGUGUGGUGUGUGUGCUCCAGCCCUGUCACCGUGCUCAUCUGUGUGUGAGUUUGUCUGUGUUCAUUCAUGACAGUGGCUGUCCCCUGCGUGGGUAGCACUGUGUCUGUAUGUGUGCGUGUCUCAUCCUGUGUUUGUCCAUGAGUGUGUAUGUCAGUGUGUUCCAGUCUCUCUGUGUGAGUGUCGUCCCCAAUCCCCAUCCCCCCCCUGGAUCUCUAAUUAGUGGUUUGGGGUUUGUUCCUUUUCCCUCCUGUUCCUUCCCUCAGCAGCGGCGGGCGGGCGGCAGCCUCAGCAGCAGCAGGAGCAGCAGCAGCAGAAGCAGCAGCAGAAGAGCAGCAGCCAGGACUCUGAAGUCAGAGUAGGAUUGUAGGAUCGGAGCCUGAGUGGGAACAGGAGUGGAGCUGGCCUGGGAGAGGAGCGGAGCCCCCCAGGCCCCUCAGGCCACCCCUUGCCUGCACUCCCACUGCCAGACCUCCAGAGAGACCCAGGACACCCAGCCCAGAUCCCCCAGCCUCAGGAUGGCGUCCUCCCUGCUUGAGGUAACUGCCCUCUCCUCCCCCCAGGACACCAGCGACAAUCUUAAUGGUCCUAAUCUCUGCCCGCCCCCCACCUCCAAACUCACACAGACAGUUGCUGUGGUGCCUGUCACUUCCAGGGGUCCCUCCGAAGAGAGAAGAGUCGGGUCAGAGGAGGGUAGUGGAGGGCAGGAGAAAGGGUUGGAGAGAGCAGGGCCAGAGGUCAGAGAGCAGUCAAAGGAGGAUGAGAGAGGAUGAGGUCAGAAGAAGGCAGGGACCCCUAAGGUCAGCCAAGCACACCAACUCUGAGGAGUGGAAAGGGAUGGAGGAAGGAGGAAGAGGAGUGGGGAGCGGGGAGAGAGGGGUGGGAGACAGAUAAGGCACAGCAGAUGGGAGAGAGAGUGAGAGGAUGGUUGAGUGGGCACAGAGCAGCAUCUGGGUAUAGUUCCUUGGGGUCCUCUUCUGGAACUCUUAGCCUCAGCAGAGUCUUGUCUGGUUUGUAGGUGGGGAGGGGGCUGGGCCUCUGGGCUGGUGUGUGCAGGAGAGGAGGUGAGCUAGGAGAGAAGGCAGAAGGGCAGUCCUGUGCAUGUGGGGGGGCUGACCAGAGGAACUGGGCCCAGGCCUGAGAGGGAACCAAGGAGGAGGGCCAGGGUCUGAGGCCGCCUGCCCGGCUCACAAAUAUUUAGCUUUCAGCCAAAGACAAACUCAGCUCUAUUUUGGGAGUGGGAGGCUCCAGGGCGGACUGAGCCACUUCCCCUCCAGGCUGGGACCCCAGCAUCCCUUCCCUCUGGCACUGGAGGGAACUAGGGUACCAUGGGGGUCAGAGUUUGGGGUCUUGAGAAAUCACUGACUCUCCCAGGGCGUCUGGGGCACUCAAGGCGCAUGGCUGGAAACGGAGGACUCACGGGCACUCAGAGCCAGUUUGAAUGUCCUGAUUCUCCUGCUUCUGGGUCUCUGACUCUUUCUCUGUCACCAUCUCUGUCCUGCUUUCUGGGUCCCUCUCAGGAAUUUGGGGCCAGAGGGCCCUCCCUUCAGCUCAACCCCCUUCGGUCGCCUUGAACUUUCUGCAUUCUUGGGCCCCUGAGAAGCUCCCAUCUUGGCUCCCAGAGCCCCAGCUCAGGUCCCAGGAGUGAUGGGCCUGUGGGAAAGGUGUGUGGGGGACAGAGCUGGCGGCCUUCACCGCCUGUGUUCAUUGGCCUGAGUGUAAGUGUCAGUGUAAACCAGCACGCCUGCACACGUGGCUGGCUCUGUGAGAGCACAGGUGUAUGUGUGUAUAAGCCAGGCCGUCUGAGGAUCUUGUUAGCCCAAGUGAGGAAUGGUGUGUGUAAAACUAGGCGAUAGUGAGUUUGUGACCAAGUUCGAGGGAAUGGCAUGCAAGCCAAUGGGAUAGACACCAGGCCCUUUGUCACUGCUCUGGACCCAGUCAGGGGUCCCCAGGUGUUGUGUUCUACUCCCCUGAGGGGAGAUUGCUCACCCUGCCAUCUCCCUACUAGACUCUAUAUUGAGCCAUCAUUGAAACACUGUGGUUGGUCUUGAGGAAGCUAGAGGACCAAGGUGCAUGGAAAUCCUGGGUCCACCCAGGGCAGGGGCAGUGUCAGUGGGCAUGGGCAUCAUGCCAGAGUGGCCAGCGUGGCACUGGUGCCUGGGGGAGGGGCUGGCCCAGAGGCCUGCUGGAAAGACACAGGAUUGGGGUAGCGCUUGGCAAGACAGUGUGUCGUGGAAACUGGAUCUUCACGUCCCUCAGUCCCUGUGAGCUGGAGCUGCCCCAGCACAGGGGCAUUCCACUUCCUCUGUCUCUUCCUCCUGUUUUUUGGGUACCUGGGCCCUCAACUUUCCCUCUUCCCCUGUCCACCACCAGGAAGCCCUUGGCCUGGUAUGGGUGGGCUCUCCGGCAGUGGGAAGAAGUUGGGGGUUCAGAGGGGGAAGCAGCUGCUGCUUGAUGGGAGGCUCACCUGGGCUGAGUGAGAUGACACAGGGGGACAAGGGGUGGGGGCUGGGUGGGGAUGGGGAACUGGAAGUUGGGAGAACUGAACAACUUGGGAGGAGGCCAAAAACAUGGAGAACUGGAAACUGGGACCUGGGGUGCUCAGAGCCCCCUACCAUCAGCCCUUGGAUGUAUAGUGAGCUUUCCAGUGGGAGGUCAGCUGGGCAAGUGAGCUCCCUGGAAAGAGGGGGCUCCCAUCCCGGCUGCACCUCUGGGUGAGCGCUCUGGGACAGCUCCUUAGCUCGGCCCUUCUCCAGAUACUCCCCCUCCAGCCUGGUUUUUGUUGUUUUUAAUGGAUGGUGGGGUGGAGGCAAGGGGAAAAACAGCCAGAAGGUGGGACUCCUGGGUGUCCUGUUCCCCCCAGGUAAUACAUUUGAUCAGGUAUGGGGGACAUCUUUAGAACUCUGAACCCGGACCCUCUCCCCAGUUCUCAAGACAAGAGAAGGAAACUGAGGCUGUGGUGAGACUUAGCCCCAGGGCCCCCAGCUUUUGGCCUCCAGACCGUCAUCUGAGAGGGUCUGGUGCCUUGCACCCCCUUCCCUGGCCACAGGGCCCCUGGGGGCCUCAGCUCCCCAGGGCUGGGGUCUCCUGUUGUCCUGGGGCUGCUUGCUUUCCUUCACCUCUCCCUCCCUCCCCACAGCUGGGUGGGGUCCCUGGGCUUGGCUGAGGCCCCUGUGGCCACAGUGUGAGGGCCGGGCGGGGGGACGGCGUCGGCGUUUUUAAAAAUAAACCGACCGCAGGGAAACCAGCGGAGCCGAGCAGGGCCGGGCUGGGCAGAGGGGGAGGGGGCGGUCAGGGGAGAAGGAGGGAGGAGCGGCCUGGUCUGGGGGUUUUCUGGGGCCCAGCACCGUGGUGCUUUGAGCUUAGGUAGGAAUCUGCCUUCCUCCUCCUCCUCCUCCCCCCCUUCUUUCUUCUUCCUCCUCUCCUUUCCUCUCUGUUUUCCUUUGGCUUCCUAGCCCAGUCACUCUCCAUCACCUCUCUUUCUUUGUUUAUUCUGCUUUCCUCCCUCUCCCUCCCUUCCUUUUGUCUUUUUACCUUCCUGCUCUUUUGGGUCCCUGACCAUUUCACCCCCUAAUGCCACUGUGCCCCUCUGUUCCCCCUUUCCACACCCAUGGGGGCUUUGUGUCAGGUCCUCACCCUGUGCAGGGUCCUUUGCUCCCCGUGUCUCUGGGGCUUAGCCUCUCUCCUUCGCACUCUACAUUUCUCCUUCUGCUUUCGGCCCGGAUCUGACUCCUGUGGGGCUGCCCUGCCUCAGCCUACCCUCUGCUUGGGAGAUCUGAGCUCCGGGGAAGGACUCAGGGCCAGAUUUGAGAAAGCUUUUGGUGGUUCAAAAUUUGGGAGUGCAUGGGGUCAACAGGACUGAGAGAGGUGACUGGGCAGGGGGAGCAGUGCAGAAGUGGAGACGACAGCUCACGCCCCCCACUGCGGCAACCUCUAGCAUUGCUGUCACACACACAUACUGCAUGCUAGGAGCUAGAGGGGAGGGCUGGGAACUCUGGACUCUUGGGUUCCUUUUCAGCUUCAUGGGGAAGGCACAAGGUACAUCGGCUUUUGAGGACCCCAGUCAAGGAAAUGUACAGGGUCAGCUUUUGACGGCACGUUUUUUGGUGGGAUUCUCAGUAAUGGAUGCCUGUCUAUGCCAGCCGGAGAUUCUGGAGGGCAUCUCUUCCUGUGAUGUCCCGAGGCUGACCCAGGUAGGGGUACCAUGAGCUCCUGAGGGAUAGUAAUGUCAGGGUGGUUCGACCUGGUAGCACGAUGGUCAUUAGGGGCAUUUUAUGUUUCUAAAAUAUCCCCAUGCCUGCAUCUACCUGUCUUCCUUCACUCACUGUGCUGGAAGGGUGAAUAGAGACCAGUGAUGUGGGCUACGUGUUAGGGGACACUGAGGCACAGAGGGGUGUGCCUGGGAGCCAGUAUCUUAGCCACCCCAAUUCCCUGCCCUGGAGGGGUACGAGGACUUCGGGCUCUUCCCGCCCUCCCAGAGGCUCCGUAAAGCAGGAGGUGCCCACUGCCCGCUUGAAAGACAUUCUUGCCUGAGCCACAGUCCUGGCUUGGCGGCAGCCUUUUUCCCUCUCAAUGUCCCAGUGUCUCUGCCGUUGCUUCCUCUUGCUCCCCAGCCCGAGUCCCUGCCAAGAGAUUCCUUACCAAGGACAUGAGGACGAGGCCUCGGGGAGGCUAGGCCACUGCCUUAGUCAGGAGAUGAAGUGGAGACAGGAAGUGGAAUACGGGGUAAAGCUGGGAAAAUCUGGAAUGGGGGCAACCACAGUCCCUAAUACCGCACCUUCUCCCCAAGCUGCUCUUUGAGCCUCAUCUUUCCUCUCCACGUCCCUGACCAUGGCCUCUGCUCUGCACCCACUUCCAGAGGUCAGGAUCCCUAAGUCUCACCUCAUCCAGGUGCUGCCUGCAGCCCCAGCUCCUCUCUCCACUACUUAAGAAAUAGCCCUCGGAGGCCCUUGCACACACCCAACAGCUCCACAGUGAGCUCAGCUUCCCGCCUCCUGGGUUGGGGUGUUAGGCUGCUGUCUUGGGCCUCUGCUUCCCUUCAGCGACUCCAUCUGAGCUCUGCCCUGGGUCCCAGGCCUCACUGGCCCCCUCUUACCCCUGUUCCCCAUUGUCUUCGACUCUUCCCUGACCCCUUUGUUCUGUUCUCCAUGUCUCCAGGUCGCAGUCCUAGAGUUGGCCCUUCUUCCAGCACUUUCUCCCUCCCCUUAAGCAGUGCCCCUGUCUCUCCACAGGAGGAAGCUCACUAUGGCUCCAGUCCCCUGGCCAUGCUAACAGCAGCGUGCAGCAAAUUUGGUGGCUCCAGCCCUCUGCGGGACUCAACGACACUGGGCAAAGCAGGCACAAAGAAGCCCUACUCUGUGGGCAGUGACCUUUCAGCCCCCAAAACCAUGGGGGAUGCCUACCCAGCCCCCUUUUCAAGCACCAAUGGCCUCCUCUCACCAGCAGGCAGUCCUCCAGCACCCACCUCGGGCUAUGCCAAUGACUACCCUCCCUUUUCUCACUCAUUCCCUGGGCCCACGGGCACCCAGGACCCUGGGCUACUAGUGCCCAAGGGGCACAGCUCUUCUGACUGCCUGCCCAGUGUCUACACCUCUCUGGACAUGGCACACCCCUACGGCUCCUGGUACAAGGCAGGGAUCCAUGCAGGCAUCUCACCAGGCCCAGGCAAUGCUCCCACACCUUGGUGGGACAUGCACCCUGGGGGCAACUGGCUAGGCGGUGGGCAGGGCCAGGGGGAUGGGCUGCAAGGGACACUGCCUACAGGCCCUGCUCAGCCUCCAUUGAACCCCCAGCUGCCCACCUACCCAUCUGACUUUGCCCCCCUUAAUCCAGCUCCCUACCCAGCUCCCCACCUCCUGCAACCAGGGCCACAGCAUGUCCUGCCCCAAGACGUCUAUAAACCCAAGGCAGUGGGCAACAGUGGGCAGUUGGAGGGCAGUGGUGGAGCCAAGCCCCCCCGGGGCGCAGGCACAGGGGGCAGUGGUGGAUAUGGGGGCAGUGGAGCAGGGCGCUCCUCCUGCGACUGCCCCAACUGCCAAGAGCUGGAGCGCCUGGGGGCAGCCGCAGCCGGGCUGCGGAAGAAGCCCAUUCACAGCUGCCACAUUCCCGGCUGCGGCAAGGUGUACGGCAAGGCCUCCCACCUGAAGGCCCACUUGCGCUGGCACACGGGCGAGAGGCCUUUCGUCUGCAACUGGCUCUUCUGCGGCAAGAGGUUCACGCGUUCGGACGAGCUGGAGCGCCACGUGCGCACUCACACCCGGGAGAAGAAGUUCACCUGUCUGCUCUGCUCCAAGCGCUUUACCCGGAGCGACCACCUGAGCAAGCACCAACGCACCCAUGGCGAGCCAGGCCCAGGCCCACCUCCCAGCGGCCCCAAGGAGCUGGGGGAGGGCCGCAGUGCGGGGGAAGAGGAGGCCAGUCAGACGCCCCGACCUUCAGCCUCGCCGGCACCCCCAGAGAAAGCCCCUGGAGGCAGCCCGGAGCAGAGCAACCUGCUUGAGAUCUGAGCUGGGUGGAGAGUCUCCAGCCCCAGGGCUGUCUUGCCAGCCUCUCCUGGCUUC